AAAUGGGUGACAGAAUAGCGUUGUCGUCUACUGUAAAGAUAAAAUACAAACACACAUCUAAAGUUGUGCCCAUAAUAGUCAACAGACUCUACAGUUUCUCCAAACACUGUACAUGGAAUGAGGUUUUGAAUGAUUUGACAGCGGACGGCGACCAUAACAUAGACAAGUUGGACGAAGUAACUGUCACCGUGUCGGACAAACUUGCCAACGGUGUAACUUUUGAGCCAGAUUUUGAAGAACAGAUACAAGUGGUUCACAACUUUGAUAGAAAAUUGAAAUAUGUACAAUUUGACGUGAUAAGAGACUUAGAACCAAAUAACAAUGUACCAAAAGGUCAAAAUCCUCCUACAUGUCCUACAGCUUUCGAUGUUUUGAUGAGAAAGUCCAGCACACUGACAAAGCUCCCUCAAAAGAUUGAUGAAGCCUCUCCCAGAUUUACAGGGUUGUGAAAACAGAAUGCUUGUUGCCCAGAAUGUGAGAUCUACAAUAAAAUGCACUGAAUGUGACAAACCUAGAUGCAUUUAUUCUAAGCUGAAGUUGAACCCUCGAGAUUUAAGAGCCUUGAAGCACACAACAGAUAAAUAUGACUACACUUGCGGGGCAAUUUUAGCACCAGAAGGUUUGUAUAUUUAUUGACAAUAUUGUGAUUAAAUGACACUAAAUAAGACUGGCAUUUCUGACAGAACCAAAGCACAAGUAUGUUCAUUUGUUUAUCAUCAUGAUGAUUAAUAUCAUAAACAAUGGAUACAUGAACUAAGAUGAAUAUUCACUGUUCAAAUCUUUUUAAUCAAAUGACAAAAUGUCAGAAGAACAGAAAUUGGAUUUGUGUGUUUGUCCACAUUCAAUCUGUAUCCUUGCAUUGUUCAAAAAUUUAAAUGCUUUUUGUAGGCCUUAUAUACAUGUGCAGGAUAAAACAUGUUUGCAUCUACCAUGCAUAUUCCCCUUUUUCACUCUCCAAAAGGACAUUCAGUAUUAAAUGCACAAUCUGUGGAAAUUAUGUUUUUGGCAGCCUUUAUAUUUACAGUCAUUGAAUGAUAACAUCUUUAUAAUAUUUGUAUCAUUGAAGUAAUGGAAGUAGGGAUGAAUCUUUGAAUUUAACCUUGGGUAAUCUGAAAAAGAAAAUAAAGAGCACAAAAACAUUAAAAUCAAUUUUUUUCUCUGACAAGUGUUUUUUUUGGUCACUUUCAGGGGAUGUUCUACAUGGAAAAGUUUUCACAAGACUCCAGCUUGCAUGUACCAGUCACAUUGAAUUUGCAUACUACAGCUCGGAUGUUGGCCGCAAAGACAUAUGUGCAUAUUGUGUUGCAACAGAGAUCCAAAAGGACAAGGACUUGUGCAAAAACUUUAAAGUUGUGCUGCCAGUUUGUGACUUGUGUCGUUCAAAAAAAUUGGAAGUCCCAAAGAGAAAUCCAAUUAAGAAAUAGUUAAUUCUAGUCUGACAAUCAGUUAAUUCUAGUCUGAUAUUCAUCCUCUCUAAGUCAUUCUUUUUAACAUGUUGUUUAUGAUUUUUGUUUCUACUUGUUUCUAGUCAAGAAUAAAUGUUUUUUGUUUAUUUUCA